GCUGACUUUGGCUGGCUGAACUUGGGGGCCUGACUUGGCCGGCAGCCGUACCUGCCCUGCCUCACCAUGGACCAGGACUAUGAGCGGCGCCUCCUUCGGCAGAUUGUCAUCCAGAACGAGAAUACAAUGCCGUGUGUCUCAGAGAUGCGGCGGACCUUGACACCUACCAACUCCCCCGUGUCCUCCCCCAGCAAGCAUGGGGACCGCUUCAUCCCCUCAAGAGCGGGCGCCAACUGGAGUGUCAAUUUCCACAGGAUCAAUGAAAAUGAGAAGUCUCCCAGCCAGAACCGGAAAGCCAAGGAUGCCACCUCGGACAAUGGCAAAGAUGGCCUGGCCUACUCAGCCCUGCUGAAGAAUGAGCUGCUAGGGGCCGGCAUUGAGAAGGUGCAGGACCCACAGACGGAGGACCGCAGGCUGCAGCCUUCCACGCCCGAGAAGAAGGGCCUGUUCACGUAUUCCCUCAGUACCAAGCGCUCCAGCCCUGAUGACGGAAAUGAUGUGUCUCCCUACUCCUUGUCGCCAGUCAGUAACAAAAGUCAGAAGUUAUUGCGAUCCCCACGGAAACCCACCCGCAAGAUCUCCAAGAUCCCCUUCAAGGUUCUGGAUGCACCUGAGUUGCAGGACGACUUCUACCUGAACCUGGUGGACUGGUCAUCUCUCAAUGUGCUCAGUGUGGGGCUGGGCACCUGCGUGUACCUGUGGAGCGCCUGCACCAGCCAGGUGACCCGGCUCUGUGACCUCUCUGUGGAAGGGGACUCGGUGACUUCCGUGGGCUGGUCUGAGCGGGGGAACCUGGUGGCCGUCGGCACGCACAAGGGCUUUGUGCAGAUCUGGGACGCAGCUGCGGGGAAGAAGCUCUCCAUGCUGGAAGGCCACACGGCACGAGUUGGAGCGCUGGCCUGGAAUGCCGACCAGCUCUCAUCUGGGAGCCGGGAUCGCAUGAUCCUGCAAAGGGACAUCCGCACCCCGCCCCUGCAGUCGGAGCGGCGGUUGCAGGGCCACCGGCAGGAGGUGUGUGGGCUCAAGUGGUCCACGGACCACCAGCUCCUUGCCUCAGGAGGCAAUGACAACAAGCUGCUGGUCUGGAACCACUCGAGCUUGAGUCCCGUGCAGCAGUACACAGAGCACCUGGCAGCUGUGAAAGCCAUAGCCUGGUCCCCACAUCAGCAUGGGCUGUUGGCAUCCGGCGGCGGCACGGCCGACCGCUGCAUCCGCUUCUGGAACACGCUCACAGGGCAGCCACUGCAGUGCAUCGACACAGGCUCCCAGGUGUGCAACCUGGCCUGGUCCAAGCACGCCAAUGAACUGGUUAGCACACAUGGCUACUCACAGAACCAGAUCCUGGUCUGGAAGUACCCGUCCCUGACCCAGGUGGCCAAGUUGACCGGGCACUCCUACCGAGUUUUGUACCUGGCCAUGUCCCCUGAUGGAGAGGCCAUCGUCACUGGUGCUGGAGACGAAACCCUGAGGUUCUGGAAUGUCUUUAGCAAAACUCGUUCGACAAAGGUAAAGUGGGAAUCUGUGUCUGUCCUCAACCUCUUCACCAGGAUCCGGUAAACCACGGGCCCAGCCAUCAGGGCAGAGGAGCACCACCUGUCAUCACGUGCAUGACCCUUCCUCCUGCACAUGUUCCCAGAGGAAGCAGCCGGGGUGGGCGGGGAGCCGGGCACAGAGAGACUCUGAAGAUUCUCAUUAAAGCCUGAUUGCGAACCCUGUCAGCGGUGUUUGGGGUGGGGAUGUGGUUGGGCACCAGCAGGCACGCGGGGUUCCGGCUCCCUUCACACCAGGUGGCCCCAAGGCCCCAGCUUUGACCGUCUACACUUGGAUGGGGAUGGACGCCUCCCUGGACCCCACCUGCUUCCCUUUGUGUCCAUCGUCACUUUGUUGAGCUGCAUGCUCUUCCCAGAAGCAUGGGUUCACCAGUACUGCCACUGCCCACGUCUGCAACGGGAGAAACAGCUGGAUGCCAAGCCAGUCAGCCAAGGGAGGGCCCAGCAGCAGGACGGUUCAGGUCAGCCCGUGGAUCCACAGGACUCCUGAUAGGUCUCUUGCGGCCCGCUCUGCUGUCCCUCUGCUGGCAGCUAUCCCAGUGACUUUGCUAGGGGCCAGGCAUCAGGAGCAGGCCCAGGCAGGCUGUGCACCAGAGGAGGUCAUCUCGAGAUGGACUUGUUCCAGGAAAACGGAAGUUGGGUCCACUUGUCAUCAUGAGCUUGCCCUGACCCUGCAUUGUCCUUGUCACUGAUGGGGACACAGCUGAGCUCUGUCACCAGCGGGACUACGGUUCCUGCGGCUUGCUGGGUGUACAGAUCUAGGUGGCCUAAGGGUGCCUCACCCUCCUCUCAGGUUACUUCCCCAUCAAGCUAUCCCAUGUGUCCUGUCCAACCAUGCCUGUGACCAUGGGGAAGCCAGGGAGGAGAGCGAGAGGAGGGGGCAACCACUGGUCCCCCAGAAGCUUUCCAGGUGUCCUCUGAUCCUGCCCCCACCCUGUUGUCCUCUGGCCAAGCUGGGUACCACCUCUCUUCCAGACCUGGAGAAAUUGGAGGGAGAGAGGUGAACCCAGGUGAGGCGAGAAGGCAGAGCAGGCCUGGGGCGGGGCGGAGGUCACUCUGGCUCUGCUUCUAGGUCCCCCUCAUUUAGUGUUCCCCCGCAAUCGGCCAUGUGUGUGCAUGUGUAUAUAUGUAUUUGUGACUUUUCUUUGGGAUUGUUUUGUGUUUUGUAGAUGGGUCCCAGAAAUGUUUAAGGCUAAUUAGAGAAGGGCAGGGCCCACCCAACCUGCCUGGGGGUGACGGAGUCACAGCUUUUAAAGCCUUCAUUUAGGAGGGGUGAUCAGCUGAACCUGCUUGGAUUUGGGGAAGGGUGGGACCCUGCCCCAUCCCAGCAUCUGUGUGCCAUAGCCUCAAGCAAGGACAGUGUACAUAGAUUUGUGUAUUUUGAUUGGU